AUGGAAAUUUUUACAUCCCGGCCUGAUCCCUCCUCAACCGCCGAGAAGAACGGCAUCCAAACACGACGCCGUAAAUUGGUAGUCGCCAUGACAGGAGCGACAGGCUCUAUCCUCGGAAUUAAAAUGCUCAUCGCCCUCCGCCGACUCAAUGUGGAGACUCACCUCAUCAUCAGCAAAUGGGCCGAAGCAACGGUCAAAUACGAAACAGACUAUACAAUUUCCAACAUACGUGCUUUGGCAGACCACGUCUACAACAUCCACGACAUGGCAGCGCCUAUAUCAAGCGGAUCAUUCCGCAUAGACGGCAUGAUCGUCGUCCCCUGCAGUGUGAAAACAAUGGCUUCGAUCAACUCUGGUAUCUGUGACGACUUGAUUUCCCGUGCCGCGGACGUCAUGCUCAAGGAGCGUCGCAGGCUAGUGCUUGCUGUCAGGGAGACGCCGUUGAGUAAUAUUCAUCUCCAGAAUAUGCUUUCUGUGUCUCAAGCGGGUGCUAUUAUAUUUCCACCCGUGCCGGCGUUUUAUAUUAAGCCUUCGUCAGUGGAUGAUUUGGUGGAUCACAGUGUGGGCAGGAUGCUGGAUUUGUUUGAUUUGGACACCGCUGAGUUUGAGAGGUGGGAAGGGUGGAAGAAGCAGUAG